AUGACCUCCCCAUCCACACGGCGACUUCUCAAAGAAUCAACAGAUCUCUCUAAAAAUCCAAGUCCCUACUUCACCGCCGGUCCCGUCGACGAAUCCAACCUCCACGACUGGCACUUUACACUCGCCGGUCCACCCACUCCAAGCCCCUACGCCGGCGGCUUCUAUCACGGCCGCAUCACCUUCCCCGCAACAUACCCCCUCCGCCCUCCAGCCUUCCGCUUCCUCACGCCCUCGGCGCGCUUCGAAGUCAACCGCGAAAUAUGCCUCAGUAUCUCCGGCCAUCACGAGGAAACGUGGCAACCGGCCUGGGGCGUCCGGACGGCGUUACUCGCUAUUCGAAGUGAGAUCUUCGGGUCCGAGAGUAAAGGGCAGGUGGGGGGCAUGGAGGGGAGUGAGACCCUAAGGAAGGAGUAUGCGCGUCUUUCAAAGCAGUGGGUGUGUCGCGAGUGUGGGGUACAGAAUGAGGCGGUGAUGAGGGAGCAUUGGGCGAUGUGUAGGGAGAAGGGCGUGGAGGUUGAUGUUGAGGGAUCGGAUGAUGGGAAGGAUGCGCAGAAGGAGGAGACAGAGAAGAGGGAGGAUGAGGGGAUUCAGACUUUGGAUGCCGCGCAAUCUGCAGAGCUAGCCUCUGCUGCGGUGUCUGUUUUCUUCUCCUGCUCCUGCUUCUGUACCUCGCCCCAAUUACAAUCACAACCUUCGACCUUAGCGCCAGCUCCAGCUCCAGCAUCAGCUCCAGUUCCAGCAUCAGCCGUCUCGCGCCCUCGACCGACACCAACUAUUCCUGCCCCGGCCACUGAACCGGCGAAUAGUCCAUGGCUGGAUCGAGCGAUCAUCGGUGUGGUCGUCGCUCUCAUUCUUCUAGUCCUGCGCCGAGUGACCGACGCCGACGAGCUAUGA